AGUCUGGAUGGGGUUCAUGCUGAGGGCAGCUGAGCCGACGGCCGACCUCCAGCCCCUCGGACGAACGCGCUACACAUUCGAAUCCUCGCGCCGCCCGUCCCGCCCGCCCUGCGCAGGCGCAGAAGGCUUCUCUCGCGAGAGCGGAAGUCUCCCAUCAGGACCUCCCCCCUCCCCCCAACCAAAGACCGGAAGCAGCGCGCCUGCGCCGCCGCGCGGGUCAGCGGACGCAGAACGCAUCGCGGAGCGUGUCCCGGGUCUGUUGGUUUCAUGCAGCACAGGGACUUUUGAUGCCGAGAAUGAACUAGACCAACUUGAUUCAGACUCCCAAGUGCUGAGAUGGGCAUCGUGCACCAGCAUGCCUAGCAGUAACUGCUAUCUCUUAAUUCAUUGUUUUUUUUAGAAUGAAAGUUUUAACAAUAAAGAGCUGAAAUGAAGAGGAAUUCAUACUACAUACAACUUUAAACCAUGGUGCCAAAGCUAACUCACUCCUUUGGUCCAAAGGGAAAGAUACUUAAGAUUCAGAAUUAAUGCCGUGAAUUGGAAUUCAAUAAACUUCCCAAACUGCAAAGUUAGAACAGCUGCAAUCUUGAUUUAUGCAGGAUCAGCAUAAAUCAGGACAAGAACAAGAUGUAAGCGAAGCGUAGUUCAGGAAAUCACAGCACUAUCUUUAGUAUAAUGUUUGAUAUUCAGAGGACUUGAGAGCUACUUGGGGGGUAAAUGAAAAGCAAGGUUAUUUGCAAACUUCAACACUGGGUAAAGUUGGGAUUCCUACAAUCUGGCUCAUGCAGGAUGCCCUCUCCUCCACAAUCCUACUGUGCACAUAAAGACACUGCAUAGCCACAACCUUGAUAGCAGCACACAUCAGAGACUCUGCUGGUCCACUGCAAGCAAUCAUUUUGGGCUUGUUUCUUUGAUAAACGGUAUAAACCAAAAACAGCAUCUCUACAUUGCCUUUUUACAGACCAGUGGACUAAUCUAAUUAUAGCCAUUUCUGUUAAAGCUACUAGAUGCUAAAAAAAAAUACUAUCUUUUAAAAAGAGAGUCUAUGUGCACCAUAGCGCACAUGUAAAUUCCAGAAGACAAUGAAUGUGUGGGAGUUAGUUAUCUUCUUCCAGAAUGUGACUGAUGUCAGGUUGUAGGUCUGAGGACAAGGGUUUAUCUACUGAAACAUUUCUCCAGCCCAAGACUGGAAAUUCGUGUUUUUGUCUUAUUUAUUUUUUCCUCCUUUGAACUGCAUUUUAAGUCACUGUUUACUUGGUUAUAGGAUUACUGUAAAGUACCACAGUAAUUUUUAGACAUUGCCUAAACUGAAAGCCUAUUUAACAGCAUGUUGUAGUUUAUAUACUUUUAGGGAUGAAAAUUUGUUAAGUUGUUUAUAAUAUUCCUUCUAUCACUCUCUUUUUUUAGCCACGCCUACCUAUUCAUGUAUGUGUUAGGUCUUUGGAUAGCACAUGAAUCUCUGCUUCCCUGCCCAUAAAAAACUCCCCUAAAAACUCAACAAAUAGUAAUUAAAAAGCAGAGAAUACCAAACUGUUUUUGUUUCCUACCAUGUUUCCUUUGAGCCUUGGGCUCACAAUACACCACAUGGUUGUAUUAUUCUGUGUUUUGGAUACGGUCCCUAUGUAACCAAUGCUAGACUCAAAUUCACAGCAAUCUUACCUCAGCCUUCUGAGUGCUGGGAUUAUAGGCAUGUGCCAUUUGGCUUUUAAAAGUACUAAUUAGAAGUAUUAAUGCUUCUAACUAAACCUUCACUGAAUUAUAUUAGUAUCUUCAAUGUUCUAAAUGAUUAUAUUUAGGUAUCUGAAUCCUUCUGAGUGUUAUUUUAUAGCCAAUAAUUAAAAAAUCUUUAUUAAAAUGUUGAAAAGUAUAAAACAGUAAUUAUAAAUUAGUAAACAUCUAAUAAAAAAAGCAGUUUUCUUUUCCUUAUACAGCACAAGAAUCACUGAUUUGUGUAUCAUUUUUAGCCUCUGUUUUCCCUAGGUAUACUUCACCACAACUUUUUAGUUUGUGUUUUUGGGGUGAAAUUUAUGUGGAUACUAAGAAAUAAUGCUAAUGUUGUAACUCAGAUGUUAAAAAUACAUAUGGCAUGUUAACAUGUGAUGAUAGCAUUGUAAAACAGGUGUUAUUUCCAAAAGAAAAUUAAGUCACUUUUGAGCUGUGAGGCAAUGUCACAUAAAUUAAGGCAUCUUUCUGCUCUGUAGUGCUUCUGUGGAUCCAUCAAACUGUACAAACACUUCCUUUUAAAAAAUAUAUAUCUUCUGUUAUACUUCAAUUGCUUCAUUCCAUCCAUCAUUUUCUUGCAAAUAAAAUUGAAAAUAGUC